AUUGCAGGACAGAGUUUUACUACCACGACGACGGGCCCCAAGUCUCUUCCAAAAUCAACUACCGUCGUAACUAACCGUUAGCGUUCUCCAUAGAAAAGGUCGGGAUUUUGAAUUGGAAGGCCUCAACGGAGCUGUCGCAACAAAUUACAAAAGAUGGCUUUCAAGCAGAUAUUUGAUGAAUUCAAAGCCAAAGCUGCAUUACACACGGUGAUGGAACGCUUUCCAGACGACUACAAAAGAGCUAGUGAUGAGGGCAAGAUCGAGGAAUUGCGGAAGGCAUCGGAAGCCACGCUUAUUGAGGUGAAUCAAAUGUUACAUGCUAGAGAGAAAGGGUACAAGCUGAAGGAUGUCUUGGCACAAUUACCAGGUGACAGAAUUAAUGGGAUGGCGAGGGCACUUGGAAAGAAAACAUUUGUAAUGACAGUUGAGGGUCAAGUUGCCAAAGUAACCAGAGACGGUGCAAUGUUUCUGCCCGACAUCAAUUUAACUUGUUUGAGUUCGAACCGUAACAAAGCUAGUCAAUUACAAAUAGCCAGUAUUGUUGUAGAAUGCAUUAUCCUCCUCCUCGAGCUCAUCGGAAUCAAUAUUCCUGAUGAUGAGGAAGAAGUGAAAAGGGCCAUCCAAAUUGCUUUGGAUGCCCUUGGCAAGAGCAAAACGCUCAUUGAUGAUGUUGAUAAAAUACAGAAAGAUUGUAAAAAUGGCGACUAUCUAGCAAUGGCGAAAGAUAUGAUCGUGCUUGUUGUUGAUAGUUUCAAUGAGGAUGUCUUCUGGGACAUAACCGAAGCCUUAUUGUCUGAAAUGAAGUGGUAUGAUUGGAUCAUCACCUCGGCGCAAAUUGCAGCUUUCAUUGCUAUGCUGGUCGCUACAGAAGGAGUGGCAGAGAUUGCCGAGUUAGUGGCAGAGUUAGCCGAUGCUGCAUUCUUCCUGGAGAAGCUGGCAAACUUGGCAAACUUGCAGGAAAUCGAAAUGAAAACGAAGUAAGAUUGCCAUUGUUUCCCUUUUUUGUGAUUCAAUCUGAUCAAAGGCUUUUCAUAUUGUAAAAUCUACAAAAAGUUGAAUAUUUUAUAUUUCAUACAAAAGAAGUAGGCCUAGUGCAUCCAUGACAUUGUCUGUCUCAUUUCAUCCAUUGUGUGCAAAUAACAUUUUACGCAAAUACGCAAAACUUUAAGGACGUUCCACUUUCCAUAUCUGCACUUAUUGCAGAUCCGAUGUGCCAUUUUAUGAGCUAUUAAAGUGGAAUUAUUCCAUGGACCAUUUUUUUUAAUUACUCUACAAUUUAAGAAUAAUUUACUCUGAAGUGAUGCAAAGUAUGACGAAUAUGACCCCGAGUUGGAAUAGGAGGUAGAACGGUUUGGAUUUUUUCCUCACAUAAUAUUAUAUAUAGAUACAAAGGUUUUUGCGCGUUUUUGGGUUAAAAAAAAACACAUUUGCUCUAAUAAAAGUGUUGAUAGUUUGAAAACAAGCGCAUGAACCCAACUUUUUUAUGUUUGCACCUCUAAGGUAUUACACCUUCUUCUACAACUUUGCAAAGUUUGGUGAAAAUGACAUGGAUUCUUGUACUUCUCAAGUUUGUUAUUGGAAUUUCGAAUUUUUAAGUUGAGUUUUUGUCAUCUUUUGCACAAUUUCUAAGAAGUGAGCGUGCUGUUAGACUUAGAAGAGCAAACCAGUGAUAGCAAUAUAAAUAGAUUUUCCAUCUUAAGGAUGCAAAUAAUUAUUAUAUUGCGAAAUUCGAUGACAUUUUCAUGGAUUUGACUUAGUAAUAGAGCUUUGAACUCAUUGUUGUGAUUUCGUGAGGUCUAAAAAUGCCAAAUUCUUUAGAAUGCGCAAUUCUUAGGAACAUCCAUUUGGGUGAAUUUUGCAGCUCAUUUAGCAAAAAAUCAAGCACUUGGGACCAUCUUAAUUUUUACAUAUUAAGAAUAUUCAGGUGCUAAAGUUUAUAUGUGCAAAGUAUGAUGAAAAUGACGUGGUUGGGAGCAAGACUACGGAACCACGACGGUAUUAUCAGACUUUUGCUUGUUUUCGGCGCAUUUUGGGCUGUUUUAAGCCAACUCGCAAUACUUUGGACACUGAUAAUUUGAAAACGAACACAUGAACCCAAUAUUUUUUUAUGUUUUAAUGUCCUCAGAAUAUAUUCCUUUACAAAUCUAGAGAGUAUGUGGAAAAUUACAUGGAUUUUGAAUGUUUGGGAGCAGAACUACGGAACCAUUCGUAUUUUGUACAUUUUAGACGGUAUUCAUGGCAUUAGACUUUUGCCCGUUUUCGGCGGAUUUUAAGCUGCUUCAAGCCAACUCGCAACACUACAAAUUUCCCGAAUUCGAUGAAAAUGUCAUGGAUUUUGAAUGAAGUGCAGCCUAAACUAUACACGUUUUUUUUUACUUUCGAGUAGAUUCACGUUUUUGGAAGAUUUGUGUUUUGGAAGUUUUUGCACCAUUCUUGUAAAAUGAGGGCGCUGUUGACUCCAAGUUUUGCCAAUUAAAAGAUAAUCCCCUACUUUGGUAUCCACUUAGUUACAUAUCCUAAAAAGUUUGAUGAAGUUUGAUGGGAUAUCGACAGAGCAAAGAUGAUUUAAACUCAUUUCGUGAAUUCGUGAGGUCUAAGAGAGACAUAAUUCCUCUUUGUGCGCAACAUUUCAUGUCAUUCAAAUACGGCGAUUUUGAAGUCCCAUAGAAAAAAAUAAGCACAUGAACCUUUAUCAUUUUUGCAUUUUCAUAAUGCAUAGAUACCAACGUAACUCUUUGCAAAAUUUGGUGAAAAUCACAUGGAAUUCAUUUUAAUUGUGGAACGUCCUUAAAACUCUAUUUUUGCAUCCGAAUUUUCAUAAUUACUCCUGUGUUAUUUAAAAAACUUAUUGGCAAGGAGAAAGUACACCCCCUCUAUUAUUGUAGAUAUAAUCGUGAUAAGAUCCUAAUCAUUUUUCUUAUAUUAGCAUUAACUGAAGAAAUAAAAGUGUCUGAUUAUUCAAUUGCUGCAACGAAUUUUAUUCGAAGGCCUUUUUACUAAUAAUUUCGAAACACAUAUGCAUAUCUUUUGUCGACGUGCGAAAUUCUGAUCAAUAUUGAAACUAGUUAAGCAUACUCAUCAAAUGUUAUCAAUGCAAACAACAAAACAUAGUGACUAAAUUUUAGCCUUUCUAAUGUUGAAAUAUUACUAAUACGAUAACCAGUUACUUGUGUUUGUUUUUUUCCAAAAAGGUUGUGGAUAUUGUAUUUUCAUAUAUGUAUAUACUUUCAUUGCAUUCUAGAGAUUUCAUUUGAAAAAGCGGCGUGCUUCUUUUAUGUUUGAGGUUGGUUUGUAAAACCUUGGAGUUUCUGUCUAUUUGUUGUGAUUUUGUGGUAAUUUUUUUUAUGUUGAUCAAGGGGAAUUGAAAGAAAAUAUGACAUGAUAUUUUCAAUUAGACACACAAGUGUUUUCAAGCAUGAUUUCAUUGUUUUUUUUUUGUAAAUUGGCCUACACUUGCUGUCAUGUAAAAUUAUAAUUUCUUAUUCGUAGAGCUUCUUGUUUUUAUCGCUUUACCCUUAAAUUCUUUUUACUUCAACUUAUGAUUGCCUAUUUAGCUUUUAUUAAACACCAGUAGAACACAAUAUGUUGUAUUUAGAACAAGGGGUAGGAGAAUCCCUGAUGGUAUAGAUUCAUUAUCAAUAGGAGGUCAUUAGAUAUAUCGUAUAUAGUCAAGAUGUGCGGUUUCUAGGAGUUGCGGUAGAUGAUCAUUUAUCAUGGAAAACCACGUCAGCAAUGAGUUUCAAGGAGUGUAUGCGUGAUUUACAAGUUACGUUUCUUUUUACCCCAGCAAAGUUUAGUAACUCUAUACAGUUCUAUCAUUGUGCCUCACUUAAUAUAUUGUAAUGUUGUGUGGGGGAAUACUUACAGGAAUCAUUUAAACAAACUACUGAUCGUUCAAAAGAGAGUCAUCAGACUCAUUACAUAUUCGAAUUACAGAAGUCCAAGCAAUCCUUUAUUUCGGCAGCUCAAUAUUCUGCCUCUUGAUGAUUUAGUAUCCUUGGACUGUUUAAUAUUCAUGUACAAAUCACAAUGUACUGAAAACUGUUCAUUUUAACAGAUGCUUUUGUUGUUAACUCCAACAUUCAUUCGUGCAAUACACGUCAGAAAAAUCUUAUCCAUCAACCGUUUGUAAGAACAAAACCCGCUUUGAAUUCAUUUCUGAUAGCUUGUGUCAAACAAUGGAAUAGAUUACCGCAAAGCAUAAGAUCCAGUCCAAGGCUACCAAUAUUAAAAAAAGCAUGUCGAAAAUUCUUAUUUGAGAGCUUGCAAAAUGUCUUAAAUUAAUCUUUUAUUUACUUUCUAUUUUAGCAUUGUAAAUAUUAUUCUCUUAUUUUUGUAUGUUUGCUUUUAACAUCAAUAUUUUUGCUACAAUGUUUUAUCAUUUUGUGUCUUAUCUUAUAUUAUUUUUUCUGUCUGUAUGUUUGUUUUAUCAUCAAUAUUUUGCUAUAAUAUUUUAUAUAUCUUUCUUUGUUUUUUAUGUUCUUAUAUUAAUUUUAUUUAGGGGCCCAUUUCACAAGCUCUGCUUUUUAUGGGGUCCCAAGCCUUUCAUGUUUUAUUCUCUUUGCCAACCUUGUACUAAAUAUUGGUAAUAUAUCACUUGAUUGGUUUGAAUAAACUUAUAUCACUUAUAUCAUUUAUCACUUAUAAGCCUAGUUAGAAAUAUAUGAUUUACAUCGCAAUCAUGGCAAUUGUUAAUAAUAACAAUAUUAUUUGUAUAGCGCAUAAUGCGUAACAAAUAUGUCUCUAUGCGCUUCAAAAAAUUAAGGAGAGAAAGAUAUGUGUUGGUGAGGUCACUUUGUCGAGGCAAGGUGCAAUUUAAACAAGUAGACUGUUCUGAAUUUGUUAACUGAAUCGAUUGCUUUUAGGGAAUUUGGGAGUUUGUUUCAUAGAACAGGGACUGCACUAAGCAAAUAAACUUUCCCCACGUAAACCGAUGUUUUGGUUGAUAUUGGAGGAACGAUUAACAUAUUCUUACGUUGUGAACGUAGAUGAUGUUUUGGCUUAUAGACAGUAACUAAAUCAUUUAGGUAUGAUGGAGCAAGUCCAUAGAGACAUUGAUAUACUAACAAACUCUUGAGUUGGAUUCGAAAUUGGACGGGUAACCAAUGUUAUCUCGUUCCUUUUUACGAGUAACGAGUCGUGCUGCGGAAUUUUUGAUAGUUUGGAGUCUUUGAAUUCGGUUGUUGAGAACACUGGACAUUUUCAAAGAAAAUAAAAGCAUUAGAACUAAUCGUCUCAUUAGACAUGUCGAAAAUAAAUAUGACUUUGACUUUUUGCAUAUAAUACACCACUGUAAUAUUUGAGAAAAAGGAAAAUGAAUACAACUUAGAUAAUAAUGUAAAUUAAUGUAAACAUAUUUGAUAUCACAAAUAAAAUUACCUAUAGUAUAGUCUUUCUC